CGAGAGUUGAGAUUUCUGUGGAAACUAAUCCGCACCACAAUCCCAUUUACAACUCGGAAAGCACCAUCUCCAGUCCGCACCCACCAUCACCACACCUGACCAUGAAAAUCCUCAUCACCGGAGCAGGAGGCUUCGUCGGCCAACUCCUCGCCGAACACCUCCUGAACGACGGCCACAAAGUCAUCCUCACCGACAUCUUCGAACCCCCAAUCCCAGCCGCAGCCGAGAACCAAGAAAAUGCCACCGCCAUCCAAGCCGACAUCUACGAAUCCCCAGAAUCCGUCCUCGCCACAGACCUAGACGCCAUGUACGUCUUCCACGGAAUCAUGUCGGCCGGCAGCGAAGCAGAUUUCGACCUAGGCUACCGCGUAAAUCUCCACAGCACUCUGAACCUCCUCGAAGCAGUGCGCAAAACCGUGCCCGGCCUACGAUGGAUCUACGCGUCCAGUACGGCGAUAUUCGGCCAACCGCUUCCAGAAAUUCCGAGUGAGGAGACGGUCCCGACGCCCCAGGGUAGCUAUGGAACCCAGAAAGCCAUGGUCGAGUAUCUGAUCAACGACUACAAUCGACGGGGUUUCAUCAACGCCUUCACGCUCCGCUUCCCCACGAUUUCCGUGCGACCGGGGAAACCGACUCAAGCGGCGAGUAGUUGGAUGAGUGGGAUGAUUCGGGAACCACUGCAAGGCAAGGAAAGCGUUUUGCCUUGUGAUGAUGAUUUCAAGGCUUGGCUUUGUUCGCCCAAGACGUUGGUGAGGAAUUUGAUUCAUGCUUUGACGUUGAAGAAUGAUGCUAUGCCGCCGCAUAUUCGACAGGUUCUGCUUCCGGGCAUCACGUCGACGGUGAAGGAUAUGCUGGAUGCUUUGAGGGAUGUUGGAGGGGAGCAGGCUGUGCGGCUUGUGAAGAGGGAGAAGCCGAGUGCGGAGAUCAAGGCUAUGCUCGAUAGCUGGCCCACCACUUUUGAUGUUUCGAAAGCUUUGAGCUUGGGAUUUGUUGGUGAUCAGAGUUUCAAGGGUGCUGUGGAAGAUUUUGCCGCGACUUUGAAGAAGUAAAGCAUUGAGUAGCUUGGGAUGGAUGAUAUGCAGCGAAUAUUAUUAUAUUGCUUCCACGGUG